AUGAUCAACUUCUAUCGGAGAUUCAUUCCAAACUGUUCUAACAUUCUGACUCCCCUUACCAACUUAUUACAGAAGAAGAAUAAAACUAUUAUACUUGAGAAUGAAGCCUUGGACGCCUUUCGAGCAGCUAAAACCGCUCUAGGCAAUUUUUCUAAGCUCAGUUUCUUAGAGGACGACCCUCAGUCGGAUAUCUACCUGACUACUGACGCUAGCGAAACAGCAAUAGGCGCAGUCAUUGAACAAGUCCGUCCUUCUCAGCCUGUGACCACACCCCCAGUUUCUUACUCUUUUAUUCAAGACUUACGCCUUAAAAUGGCAAACCUAUGUUAUACACCACCGCGGCACUGCCCGAGUGAUAUAUAUUUACCGCACCAGCUCCAGGACUGCGAGUUUGUAUUUGUUCGUAACGACUCUGUCAAGCGGCCUCUUACGCCGGCCUACACAGGCCCAUACCGCGUUCUUAAACGCGCGGACAAAUAUUUCCAAAUACAAAAAGGUAUUCACACCGACAACGUUUCAAUAGAUCGGUUGAAGCCUGCUUUUAUAGAGAAACCGUCGUCCCAUACUACUUCCCAAUCAACUCCGCAAGUUCAGGAGAAUUUCAAGACACCUGUUUCUCUCGACAAGCCUAAGUAUACCAGCUCUGGUCGAAAAGUCACCUUUCCAAAGAAAUUUGAAACAUUCUAUUAUUAUUAG